CCGGAGCGCCGCCCACCGCAGCCGAGUAACGUCCGCGGGCGGGCCGCUCCUCUCUCUCCCCGCCGCCGGCAUGCCGAAGCUCAGCAAGGAGGCCAAGCAGCGGCUGCAGCAGCUCUUCAAGGGCGGUCAGUUCGCCAUCCGCUGGGGCUUCAUCCCGGUCGUGCUCUACCUAGGUUUUAGGAGGGGUGCAGAUCCAGGAAUGCCCGAGCCAACCAUCUGGAGUCUGCUUUGGGGAUGAAAGAUGUGGCUGUCCUGCUCUAGAACCAGCCGAUGGACAGAGAAAGUGUUUGAAGAUUCAUACGUUCCAGAGGAUGAGGCGAAUGCUUUCACCAGCUUACUCUCUCAGCUUGCUAAUGACAUAGGUUGUACAUACAACACAAUGGAGUUUAUAUGGAUGUAACUUAUUUGGAUUAUGGUAAAAUUAAAUCUAGUUUGAAAUGGA